UAUAACCCACGGGUCAAAAGCCUUGACAAAAACAGGGCAGCGUUAUUGAUUUAGUAUUAUAGGAUCUUUUGUCGACCGGGGCAGCCAAAGUUGUACAGUUCAACUGACAGAUUUGCGGACAACCGAAGCAGCACAUGAUGAGUUCGAAAAUUCUACAGAAGAGGCCGCUUGUGCAGAAAUCAAAACUGGUACAAGAAAAUUGUGAAAACAGGUUAUAUGUUGGUAAUUUAGAUCACCGUAUAACAGAGUAUCAUGUUAUUAAGAUGUUUUCUCCUUUUGGAAAAAUCUGUUGUGAAGAGUUUAUGUGGCACACACGUGGCCCCAAAAGUGGGGAGCCUCGUGGCUUUGCAUUCAUAGAGUUCAGCAAGAGGGAGGAAGCUGAAAAAGCCAAGGAAUUAAUGAAUGGUAAAUUGGCCCUGGGCCGCCCCUUGGUUGUUCGUUUUGUUGAUGAAAAUAUUGCCUCUAAGGAGAUACCUCAGCAGAGUGGCAGACCAAGCCAUCCAACCAUUUCUUGUAUGUCCUCAUGUAUAAUGAAUAAGAGUUCUAAAAUUGCAGCUAUACAGAAUAAGUUGAAAUCAAUGGAGCAGGAGGAAUGGAGCAAACAUAAAUCAGGUCCAAGGAAAAAUCCAAGACUAACAAAUUCAGUGUCAUCAUGCACUCAGUAAGAAAAAACAAGGGCAUAUCUCUGUACUAGUAAAGCAAUGACAGUCAUCUGUUUGGAGCUAUAACAGUUAAAAUAUUUUAAUAUACAAUUGAGUUUUCACUA